CUCUCCUCCGGGGCCGAGCUCUCAGCCUUCCCGGCGGGGAGACAUGGGCAGGCGGCUCCUAGAACCUGGGCGGCGGGUGGGCACCCGCCUCUCCGACCUGGGGGUGCUGAGACUCCCCACUGCCCUUCUUGACCCCACGCUCUGCUCAGAGUUCCUCAACUUGGUCAGCCAGGAGACCAGGAUUUGCAUUCUGAGCCUUGGUUCCGAUUGCUCGGCUUUGCUGGAACUCAGGCGGCGGGCACCAGCUCCUUCAGCCCGCGCGUGAGGCUACCAGGGUUUCUUUCUGCAAUCCAGGGGGCACAUGUCCAGAUUCUCUCUAAACUCAGGUGGCGGGCUGGAGGAAUUGCCUCCUUGAACCCAGGAGCCUAAGCCAAUUUCAGCUCUCUAAACCGUGGAAGCUUAGCUUGCCUGAACUCAGGCGGCGGGGGCCCAGCCUCUUCAGCCUCCGCCUCUCAGGUGGGAGCCUGGAGGAAGACCCUUGUGUUAGUUUCCCCCUCUGAGCUUGCUGGAGGCACCUGAAAGGUGGUGGGGUCUGGAGUGAGUGAGCUGUGAUCCCAGCUGAGGAGGCGGCCCGCCCUCUGGCUUCCGAUCCAGCUGUCUUGUAAACAACCACGAUAGCAUCUGGGCUCCAAAGCGACUGGCUCUCCCUGCAGGACAGGUUGUGACGGUUCCACGGUCACCCUGAAGGCCACGCCAGGCAGGGGGCCAGCCAGGCGCUGGAAAGGAACAAGGUUCUCCCAGUGGGAGCCGUGGGGGUGUGUCAGGGACGGUUCUGGGCCGCAGUGACCAGCUGUGACCCCAGCAUCGCCGAAACUUUGGACCUUCCUCUUAGGCGGGUCAGGAUGGAAGGGAAUGAGCGGUGCUGAGAACAGCCUCUGUUCGCUGAAGAAUUAUUGAGACUCCGGCCGAACUGCUUUGUGUGACUUCAUUCUCAGAGCACUGUCAAGAGUUUCGGCCCCAGGCAUAGACUCUUUUAAUUUCCACUUUUCAGAGGGGGAGACUGAGGCUUAGAGGUGCCCGGGGUCACCUGACAGGGAAGUGACAGGUCUGGGAUUUGCUCCUAGGGCUGUGUGGUUUCCGGGAGCUGGUGCUGUUAAGGAGAUGCCAUGUUAGAUCAUAAACUAACACACACGCAGUGCCAUCGUAAUCUCCUGACGCACAAGACCGAGCGCCUCCUGACCCCCGGCCCUGGGUAUGGGACCCAGGCGGGGGCCUCGCCGGCCCCUCUGACCCCUCCGGAGGAGGAAGACCUCCGCCGCCGGCUCAAGUACUUCUUCAUGAGUCCCUGUGAUAAAUUUCGGGCCAAGGGUCGCAAGCCCUUCAAGUUGAUGCUGCAAGUGGUGAAGAUCCUGGUAGUCACUGUGCAGCUCAUCCUGUUCGGGCUCAGCAACCAGCUGGCAGUGACCUUCCGGGAGGAGAACACAGUCGCCUUCCGACACCUCUUCCUGCUGGGCUACUCCGACGGGGCGGAUGACACCUUCGCAGCCUACACGCGGGAGCAGCUCUACCAGGCCAUCUUCUACGCCGUGGACCAGUACCUGUUGCUCCCUGAUGUGUCCCUGGGCCGGUAUGCCUACGUGAGGGGUGGGGGCGGCCCCGGGGCCAACGGCUCAGCCCUGGCUCUCUGCCAGCGGUACUAUCACCGGGGCCACGUGGACCCAGCCAACGACACCUUUGACAUCGACCCGAUGGUCGUCACUGACUGCAUCUGGGUGGACCCCCCGGAGAGACCCCCACCGCCCCCCAGCGAUGAUCUCGUCCUCUCUGACAGCAGCAGCAGUGCCAGUUACAAGAACCUCACGCUCAAAUUCCACAAGCUGAUCAACGUCACCAUCCACUUCCAGCUGAAGACCAUCAACCUGCAGAGCCUGAUCAACAAUGAGAUCCCAGACUGCUAUACCUUCACAGUCUUGAUCACGUUUGAUAAUAAGGCGCACAGUGGGCGUGUCCCCAUCAGCCUGGAGACCCAGGCCGACAUCCAGGAGUGUAAGCACCCCAGUGUCUUCAGACACGGAGACAACAGCUUCCGGCUCCUGUUUGACGUGGUCGUGAUCCUCAUCUGCGCCCUCUCCUUCCUGCUGUGUGCCCGCUCGCUGCUCCGAGGCUUCCUGCUGCAGAAUGAAUUUGUCGGGUUCAUGUGGCGGCGGCGGGGACGGGUCAUCAGCCUGUGGGAACGGCUGGAAUUUGUCAACGGCUGGUACAUCCUGCUGGUCACCAGUGACGUGCUCACCAUCUCGGGCACCAUCAUGAAGAUCGGCAUCGAAGCCAAGAACCUGGCGAGCUACGACGUUUGCAGCAUCCUCCUGGGCACCUCGACGCUGCUCGUCUGGGUUGGGGUGAUCCGCUAUCUGACCUUCUUCCAUAAGUACAACAUCCUCAUCGCCACGCUGCGGGUGGCCCUGCCCAGCGUCAUGCGCUUCUGCUGCUGUGUGGCUGUCAUCUACCUGGGCUAUUGCUUCUGCGGCUGGAUCGUGUUGGGGCCUUACCACGUGAAGUUCCGCUCGCUGUCCAUGGUGUCGGAGUGCCUGUUCUCGCUCAUCAACGGGGACGACAUGUUCGUGACCUUCGCGGCCAUGCAGGCGCAGCAGGGCCGCAGCAGCCUCGUCUGGCUCUUCUCCCAGCUCUACCUCUACUCCUUCAUCAGCCUCUUCAUCUACAUGGUGCUGAGCCUCUUCAUCGCGCUCAUCACCGGCGCCUACGACACCAUCAAGCACCCAGGUGGUGCGGGCACAGAGGUGAGCGAGCUCCAGGCCUACAUCGCGCAGUGCCAGGACAGCCCCACCUCUGGCAAGUUCCGCCGAGGGAGCGGCUCAGCCUGCAGCCUCUUGUGCUGCUGUGGCAGGGAGGCCUCGGAGGAGCAUUCGCUGCUGGUGAAUUGACCCGGACCACAACUGCCACAGGACAUUAGCCCCUGGACUUCGGAGACCCAUGCUUAUUUAUUUUUAGGGUUUGCUUUUAAGGACCGGCUCCCUGCAAAGCCCUGUGAGGGCCUGGACCAGUCGGGUCGGACAUUAGGUGGGCGGGUGUUAAAUAAACGGGAAAAGAAACUUGUUGUUUUCAUUUCG